AUGUCAAGGUCCACCACACCUGCGCUGCCGCUGCAUAAUGCACAAAUCUCAGAUUCUUUGCGACCUUCUUCCAACCCUACUUUAGGCAUGCGGUCAGAUGCCCCUCCCUCGGCUUCAACCUCGACGUACUCAUGGCUCGAACCCCAUGAAACUGCACAUCGCUUAAAUACCUCGCUCCUUCAUGGCCUCACUCCCGCGGAGGCUGAAAUUCGCCUCGCACGCGACGGACCUAAUGAGCUUCCUCACGAGGAGCCAGAGCCACUAUGGCUGCGAUUCUUGAAACAGUUCCGGGAAACAUUGAUUCUUCUCCUCCUAGCCUCUGCCGGUAUCUCAUUCUUAAUGGGCAAUCUUGAUGAUGCCAUCAGCAUCACUCUGGCGGUUACAAUCGUGGUGUCUGUCGGCUUCGUACAGGAAUACCGGUCGGAGAAAUCGUUGGAAGCGUUGAAUCGACUCGUCCCUCAUUUUGCGCAUUUGAUUCGAGACCUGCCGUCGGCAAAUACCGCUGUGGAAAAUCUGGUCCCAGGGGAAGAUAUGGAAGAACUCAGGAGUAAAAGCUCUGUUUCUGCGUCUGCUGCGAUCAAAGCAUCUAGCACUGUUCCAGCUAAUGAACUGGUACAAGGAGACUUGGUCCUAUUCUCAACAGGCGAUCGCAUUCCUGCCGAUAUUCGUAUUACCGCCGCUACGGACCUUUCAAUUGACGAAUCGAACUUGACUGGCGAGAAUGAGCCGGUAUCUAAAUAUGCGGCUGCCUUACGCACAAACAGUGGGGGCGUUCAAGCUUUCAAAGGCAUUAGUCCUCCUCGAUCACCUUUUUACGAUGCCCCAGCCAGUGGUGCAGUUGGCGCUGAUGUUCGACUGAAUGAGCAGCAUAAUGUUGCGUUCAUGGGCACUCUUGUCCGUUCAGGAUACGGUCAGGGCAUUGUUAUCGCAACUGGUGCAAAGACAGAGUUUGGAAGCAUCUCGAUUUCUCUUCAGCAAAUUGAGAGUCCACGAACCCCAUUGCAGCUAUCAAUGGAUCGCUUGGGUCAGGAACUGAGCUAUAUCUCUUUCGGAGUUAUCGGUCUGAUUGUGGUCAUUGGGCUUCUGCAAGGCCGUAAAAUUCUGGAAAUGUUUACGAUUGGUGUUUCGCUUGCUGUCGCCGCAAUUCCAGAAGGCCUGCCCAUCAUUGUAACGGUCACACUUGCUCUAGGCGUACUUCGUAUGGCCAAGAGAGGCGCCAUUAUGCGAAGACUUCCAAGUGUAGAAACCCUCGGCUCUGUGAAUGUUGUCUGCAGUGACAAGACUGGGACCCUCACCAUGAACCACAUGACUGUCACAAAGAUGUGGCAUUUCGAUUGCACUGAGCCCUUCGAGAUUCAGCGGGACAUAACCCAUGCUAUCACGCCCGGACCAGCGGCCCGCACUAUCCUUCGUGUGGGCAAUAUCGCAAACAACGCUCGGUUAUCACGUAUGCAUGCAAACUCUCCUGCAAGCGCCUCCUCUGCAUUAGUCCUAUCUUCAACAGUCGAUCGAGAUUCGGCGGCCGUAAAGAGUCGCUGGGUUGGUCAACCUACCGAUGUUGCCAUUCUAGAUUUGCUCGAUCAUUUGGGUGAGGACGAUGUCCGUGAACGUAUUAGUGCCCGUGUAUCAGAGACCCCCUUUAGCUCUGAGCGAAAGUGGAUGGGUGUUAUCAUUGGUGGAGGAUCGGAUGUUGCCUAUAUCAAGGGUGCUCUUGAGCAGGUCUUGGCCAGAUCGGACACUUACCUUACUAAGGAUGGCCGAGAGGUCAUUUUAGACGAGCCUCGACGUCAAGUUAUUCGAGAUGCUGCUGAGAACAUGGCAGCAGAAGGUCUCCGCGUUCUUGGCUUUGCCAGUGGUGCUGUUCGGGAUGCAUCUAGGGGCAUGCGGGGAUUCGGCAGCCGAUCCAGCACACCCGGCUCCAAAUCAAGCCCGGUGAGUGACGAUGAUCGGUACAACGGUCUCGUAUUUGCGGGACUUGUGGGCAUGAAUGAUCCGCCUCGCAAGGAUGUGCACAAAGCUAUCAAACGUCUGAUGUCCGGUGGAGUUAGAGUUAUAAUGAUCACAGGUGAUGCCGAGACAACGGCUGUUGCCAUCGCGAAAAAGCUUGGAAUGCCCAUCAACGAGUCUGCUGGCGCACGGUCGGUUCUCCGGGGCGAUGAAAUCGACCGUAUGAGCACUGCGGAGCUUGCGCAGGCCAUCACAACCACUUCUAUUUUCGCUCGCACAAGCCCAGAUCACAAAAUGAAAAUUGUGACCGCACUCCAGUCUCGUGGAGACGUGGUUGCAAUGACGGGUGAUGGUGUGAACGAUGCUCCCGCUCUGAAAAAGGCCGACAUUGGCAUUUCAAUGGGCAAGCUGGGCACAGAUGUUGCCAAGGAGGCAGCGGACAUGAUUUUGACAGAUGAUGACUUUUCGACCAUUCUACAGGCGAUUGAGCAGGGCAAAGGCAUCUUCUACAACAUCCAAAACUUUAUUACAUUCCAGCUCAGCACCAGCGUGGCUGCCCUCAGUCUUGUUCUUCUCAGUACCACUCUCGGGUUUAAAAAUCCACUGAACGCCAUGCAGAUCUUGUGGAUCAAUAUUCUCAUGGAUGGUCCUCCUGCACAAUCCCUUGGCGUUGAGCCCGUGGACCCUAUGAUUAUGAACCGGCCUCCACGACCCAAGACAGCGCGGGUAUUGACAAAACCUCUUAUUCAGCGUGUCCUCACUUCAGCUAUGGUUAUUAUGAUCGGAACACUCUCCAUCUACAUCCACGAGAUGGGCGACAUGACAGACGGCCAACCAUUAGACAAACGAUCUCGUGUGGUCACAGCCCACGACACCACAAUGACCUUCACCUGCUUCGUUCUAUUUGACAUGUUCAACGCCCUGACCUGUCGCAGUGAGGGUAAAUCCGUUCUGCGCGGCGAGCUACCCCUCUUCGGUAACAAGAUGUUCAACUACGCUGUUCUCGGCUCGUUGGCCGGUCAAGCGUGUGUCAUAUACCUGCCCUUCCUACAACGCAUUUUCCAGACGGAGGCACUCAGCUUCAGCUCUGUCUUCAAGCUUGUUUGUCUCACCAGUUCUGUGUUUUGGGUUGAUGAAGGCCGCAAGUAUCUUCAUGCUAUCCGGCGCCGAGGCGGACUUGGCUUUGGAUAUAGUCUUAAUGUUUGA